AUGUCCUCCUCCUUAACCGACAUCGUCCUCAUCCCCGGCGGCUGGCACAUCCCCGCCUCCUACCGCAAAUUCACCACCGCCCUCUCAACCGCCUUCCCCUCCCUCCGCGUAACCGUCCUUCCCUUACCCAGCAUAACCAACGACCCCUCCCCAACCGCCGACUUCUACACCGACUCCGCCUUUGUCCGCUCCUCCGUCACCCAAAUGAUAUCCGAAGGCCGCCGCCUCGCCAUCCUCAUGCACUCCUACGGCGGCCAAGUCGGUUCCAACGCCUUGCACGACCUCCACCCUCAAGAACCCUCAACCAGCACUGAUAGCAGAGGGGGCAUAACCCACCUAAUCUACAUCGCAGCCGCCAUGCUUUUCCCCGGUACCCUCAUGAGCCGUCCCUACGGCGACUCCAAGCCGAACGUGGCCCUCGUCAGCCCGUCCGACUAUGAUUUCGGUCCGGAGCGGGUCGUCGCGCUGCACCCGGUGGAAAUGUGGAUUGGGACUCGGGAGGAAGAUAAAGGGGAGGCAACGGAGGAGGAGAUACGAGAGUGGGUGGACACCAUUUGGCCGAUUUCGACGAGGGUGUUUAGCCAGGAGUUGCAGUUUGCGGCGUGGAUGGAGGGGAGGAAGAUGAAGGUGAAGGAGGGCAUGGAGGGAGGGAAAGAAGAAGAAAAGGGGGAGGGAGAAAGGCCGGAGGUGGUGUAUGUCAUGUGUACCAAGGAUACUGCGGUGCCGUAUGAGUUGCAGGAGUGGAUGGUGGGGAGGGCGAGGGAGGAGGUGGGCGUGGAUGUGAAGGUGUGGAAGAUGGAGACGGGGCAUAUGCCUACUUUGACAGCGACGGGGGAGUUGGUGAGGAUUCUGGGGGAGGUUUUGGGGAAGGUUUUGGGGGAGUAUGUUUAA